UAGUCACGUCGUUCACAUUCUAUCCUGCCUCUUUGAGCCUCUUUUGGUUCUAAGCUCCGGGUGACAAGUGUUGCACCAAGUGGGGUGGUUCUGAGGUGGCCUCUGACGCUGUCCCAUAGAAGAACAAAUCUUCAGUGAGAGCUGAUCCACACACUGCCAGGCGUUCAACUGAAUUAUGGCUUCUCUGCUUCAUCUAGAUGUUGACGUCAAGAACGAAAUAUUUGAAGAUUCUGAAAACCUGCCUCUUGUUAGUUCUCUGGAUAUAACGGAUAGUUAUGAUGAAGUCAAGGUUGAUCUUUUAAAUGACAUGAAGGAGGAGGACACAACUACAACCAACCCACAACCAGAUUCAUUUUGUUUCAAUAAUUGUUGCUGUUUUGAGUAUACCCCUGCCUCAUUUCCCAGACCACCCGUGAAAACUCAUUUGGCAAGGAGACGAGUUUUCAGUCGACAAGAGUCUGGAGUCUGGCGUGAUCUGGUCAUUGUAAGAAAACUUCUUCAAACUACCCUACCGAAGAAACAUGUGGGCAGUAGGUGGACCAAACUGACAACGGAGUCCAUUAUGAGGUUCCUCAAGAGCUUCUUAUCCAUGGCACGUUCUUCCAGGUUGACUCACUGCGCUAGUGUGUGUCUUUCCCUAAAUGGUCCUCGAAUACUGAAAUGUGAGGUGUGUUUCCUCGAAUUCUCUGGUUUAUAUGAUCGUUAUCUGAAACUCUUCACUCAUUACAAGAAUAGUCACAAACUUAAGUGCAAUGUGCUUAUUGGUCAAAAGUGGAUCAAACAAAAGGCUUCAUUAGAAGUUAUGGUUGAUGCGUGGAAAUUGGACUUAAAAUAUGAACUCCAAAACUCUUGUUGUAUAGGCGAACUCAGUUUGGUUUGAAUACUCUCUCCAGAAGUAUUAAAUUUUUCUAGAUCUUUACCUCCCAACACUUCUUCUGGGAGUAUGGUGUAAAAAGCUAGACCCCACUUUGUGUGAAGAAAUGGUAAUACACACAGCUAUUCCGCUGUAAUCAAAAUGUUGCAUUUUGCGGCUUCAUGAAUCAAUAAUAGAGGUUUGUUUUGAUUUGCUAAGGAAAAUUUUAAGAAAUGAUGAAUUUAAAAUACUAGAAGAUGCGUUUGGCCCUUCGCCACGUGACCACUGUUAGACCACAUUUUUUUAUUCUUGUUUAAACUUGCAGCUUGUACCUAUUUUGUUAUGAUUUUUUAAACGUAAGUUCAAGAUGGACCAUGUCAUCCAGCUAGCUUGCUGUGAUCCAAGAUAUCUGAAUUGUUAACUCUAAGUAGUCCCUCUUUUUCUGUUAUAAUUUUAUAAGUCAUUUUUAAAUCUAUCCCCUUGAUAGGCUGUUAGUGUUUUGUCUGAUCACGAAUAUUUGUGCUUUCUUUUGAGAUUUUUGAAUGUGUGCAAUCCCUAGUAACCCAGUUUAGCUUCAAUAUUCAUGAAAUACUCAAUAGUAAAUGAUGGAUUGUCAAAGCUGUGAUAGAAAUGAAGUUGAGUAGCUGCAUUUCAUGUACUGAACAAAAGGAGGUUGGUUUCUUACUGAGUAUCCAAAUUUCAGACUCCUUCAUUGCUGCAAGCAUGCAUGUAUCACUUGCAAUUUCUCUUCAUA